AUGCGUCCCUCCCUACGUUCCCUCCUAGCCACCUCCCUCCUCACCCUCCCCUCUCUCGCCCAAGACGACCAAAUCGAAUGCCCCGACACCGACCUCACAACCUACCUCAUCUCCCUCAUCGACACCCUCUACUCCAACGGCCUCACCACCUCCGAAGAGCUCAUCGUCCAUCUCUCCGAAACUGACGCGGGGUACGAGCUCUUAGAGUCGUUGUAUAUGGCGGAUGCGGGGACGAAAUGGACGUUUAUGGCGCCGACUGAUUCUGCUUGGCAAAAUGCUGGGAUUUACCCGCCUUUUAGUGGGAUGGGGGAUGAGUAUGGUGCUGAUUUGAUGGCACUGCAUGCUCUGCAAGGGACAUACUCUGCUUCUUCGCUCUCUACUACUUCUGGUGUUGGUAUAGCCAGCACGUACCUCCUCCUCUCUUCCGAACUCAAUGUCACCUCGUCCAAUUCUGAUGCCUACCAAGCUGUUGUAUUGAACAAGGGAGAUGACGGAGAGGCUGUUAUAGUGGAUGGGUGGUGGGGGAAUGGGACGAGUUGGAGUGGAUUUGUGGAUACGAGUGGGGCAAAUGGACUGGGGAAUAUCAAUAUACUCCCUGUAGACAUGGUGAUCGCUUUUCCUCCCGCCCUUUCUGAAGCUCUCACAACCUCUGGCCUUUCAAACAUAUCCUCCGCCAUUGACGUCGUAGGACAGACAGACAACCUGUCUCAGCUUUCCGAGAACGGGUUCACUAUCUUUGCCCCAAUCGAUAGUGCAUGGGGUGACGACGUUAAGGGAUUGAUGGGGGAUUCGAAUGAGGCGGGAGGGCUGGUUGGAAAUCAUUACACGACCAACUAUACGCUCUUUUCGCCUGCUUGGACCGACGACGAUAACAAGAGCUUCGACCUGCCAGUCUCAUCCGGCCAGACACUCACGAUCAAAUUGGAUGAUGAUGGAGGAUCGAGCGUGGUUCUUGGGGGAGUACAGGCGCGGAUUUUGAAGUCUGAUGUGACGCUUGCCAAUGGCGUCAUGCACGUCAUCGACACGGUCUUGUACCAGAGCAACAGCACUAGUUCGACAGCCUCUGAUUCAGCCUCCGGUGUUGCAGCAGUAGCCACGGAUGGUGCUUCUGGCACUAACCCAUCUGCAACCAACGCUGUUAGCACGACUGAUAGUUCUGGAGGUGGCGUCAGCAGCAGCGGGUCUGCUUCCGACAGUGCGGCUACCACAUUGUUGACACAGGCGGCGAGUGGACAAUCGGGUUCGACGAGCAGUACUGAGAGAUUGGUAGCCACAAAGGAGUCCAUGGCCGGUCUCGUAAUCCUUUCGGUCUUGUCCUAUGCGUUAGUAUAG